AUGGCACCUGCUGAAAUGAGAGAAUUAAGAAAGCAGCUUGAAGAGCUAGCGGGAAAGGGGUACUUUAGGAAUAGUACUUAUCCUUGGGGUGCACCGGUUUUAUUUGUGAAGAAGCAUGACGGAUCCCUCCGGUUGUGCAUUGACUAUCAUCAAUUGAAUAGAGUAACUGUGAAGAACAAAUACCCACUACUGAGGAUCGAUGAGCUAUUCGAUCAGUUGGGUGGGUCACAGUAUUACUCUAAGACUGACUUGAGAUCUGGGUAUCAUCAAUUGAAAAUCAGGGAGGAGGACAUCCCGAAGACUGCUUUUCAGACUCGGUAUGGACAUUUUGAUUUUUUGGUGAUGCCAUUUGGGUUGACGAAUGCCCCGGCUGCAUUCAUGGAUUUAAUGAACCAUGUUUUCCAGCCGUACUUGGAUUGGUUCGUGAUCGUCUUCAUUGAUGACAUCUUGGUGUAUUCGAAGACUUGGGAAGAACAUGAACAACAUUUGAGGAUUGUUCUUCAGACUCUUCGUGAACACGAAUUGUAUGCAAAGAAGGACAAGUUGGGAGAUGCCGAAGAAUGUGGUGGAGAUCCGAAGCUUUCUCAGACUCGCAGGGAAUGGAAGGCAAGGCUGACAAGUGCACCAGUCCUGACUAUUCCUAAUACCGAGGAGCCAUAUGAGGUGUACUCUGACGCCUCGGGGGUUAGACUUGGUUGUGUUUUGAUGCAAGGUGGACGCGUUGUAGUUUACACAUCCCGCCAACUGAGACCACAUGAACGGAACUACCACACGCAUGACUUAGAAUUAGCAGCAAUGAUAUUUGCUCUGAAGAUAUGGAGAUGUUAUCUCUAUGGAGCAAGGUUUCAGCUUGAGGAUUGGAGAAUCCGAGAGGAUGGGACGCUGUACUUUCACGACCGCCUAGCUGUUCCUAAAGUGGAUGAGAUUAAGAAGGCAAUUCUGCAUGAGGCUCAUAAAUCGAGGUUGAUGAAAUCUGCGCAUUUCAUACCGUUCCAUGCAACGUAUUCUCAAAACAUUCUAGCUAAAUUGUACCCAGAGCAUGUUGUUAGACUUCACGGAGUGCCGUUGUCGAUCACGUCCAAUUGUGACACGCGUUUUAAUGCAAGAGUUAUUCAGAUUCUUGAGAAUAUGCUUCGUGUUUGUAUUCUGGAUUUUUGCGAGAACUGGAAGAAAUACCUGCACCUUGCUGAGUUUGCCUGCAACAACAACUAUCAAGCCAUUGAAGGUGACAUCAUUUUGCUGAAGGUUUUCCCACGCAAGGGAGUUGUUCGAUUUGGUGUGAAAAAGAAGCUCGCGCCAAGGUACAUUGGACCGUUCCUGAUCGUGCAACGAGUCGGUAUUGUGGCGUAUUGUCUUGCCCUGUAG